CGAGAGGCGGGCCCCGCUUCCUCCUCCUUCCUUGCAGAUCCUGCGCCAGAGCAGACGCACGCUGCCGACUUUGUCUCCUUCGGGCGACCCUUACAGCCGUCUCAAGAACUUUCACUCCUCUGCGCACAAUGGCAACUCUUAAGGAAAAACUGAUUGCACCAGUUGCAGAAGAAGAGACAACAAUCCCAAACAAUAAGAUCACUGUAGUGGGUGUUGGACAAGUCGGUAUGGCAUGUGCCAUCAGCAUUCUGGGAAAGUCUCUGACGGAUGAGCUUGCUCUGGUGGAUGUUUUGGAAGAUAAACUCAAAGGAGAAAUGAUGGAUCUCCAGCACGGAAGCUUGUUCCUUCAGACACCCAAAAUUGUGGCAGAUAAAGAUUACUCUGUGACCGCCAAUUCCAAGAUUGUGGUGGUGACGGCAGGCGUUCGCCAGCAGGAAGGAGAGAGUCGUCUCAAUCUGGUGCAGAGGAAUGUCAAUGUCUUCAAGUUCAUCAUCCCUCAGAUUGUCAAGUACAGUCCUGACUGCAUCAUAAUUGUGGUUUCGAACCCAGUGGAUAUUCUCACAUAUGUUACCUGGAAACUAAGUGGAUUACCCAAGCACCGUGUGAUUGGAAGUGGAUGUAACCUGGAUUCUGCAAGGUUUCGCUAUCUUAUGGCUGAAAAGCUUGGCGUUCAUCCCAGCAGCUGCCACGGGUGGAUUUUGGGAGAACAUGGCGACUCAAGCGUGGCUGUGUGGAGUGGGGUGAAUGUGGCAGGUGUGUCUCUCCAGGAACUGAAUCCAGAGAUGGGAACGGACAAUGAUAGUGAAAAUUGGAAAGAAGUGCAUAAGAUGGUGGUUGAAAGUGCCUAUGAAGUCAUCAAGCUGAAAGGCUACACCAACUGGGCAAUUGGCUUAAGUGUGGCUGAUCUUAUUGAAUCCAUGUUGAAAAACCUAUCCAGGAUUCACCCAGUGUCAACAAUGGUGCAGGGCAUGUAUGGCAUUGAGAAUGAGGUCUUCCUGAGCCUCCCAUGUGUCCUGAAUGCUCGAGGACUAACCAGUGUUAUCAACCAGAAGCUGAAGGAUGAUGAGGUUGCCCAGCUCAAGAACAGUGCUGACACUCUGUGGGGCAUCCAGAAGGACCUGAAGGACCUGUGACUCCCUGCUUCUAGGUUGUAGUAACCUACAAACUACAGUGUGAUUUCCCACAAGCCUUUAGUUUUCAUCCAUGUAUGUGGAGCACAGUUUGCUUUUAUCUUCCUUAAAUAUGUGAAUGUGGGCUCCCAGAGUAAAGUCCAUGCUUAGUUUAAUGCUUUCAAGAGAGUUCUUGAACAAAUAAAGUUAACUAUCAUAGUGUG